AGAGAUUCAAGAUAGAUGGUUUCUCUUCCUGGAGCUGGUUGGUCUCCAGGCAGGUGACUGCACCAAUGUGCCUCAGUUUCCAUUCUGUAGUAUAGGGAUAAUGAGGUUAGCUUCUCUGUGAAGUCCUGUAAGGACUGUUAGCAAUAUAUAUUUUUAAAAAAGUAAGUUCUACACUAAAAUACUAACUAAAAAGCAACUUAACAUACUAGCAACUAUUAACAUUGGCUACGUAAGUGGUGGUGAGUUUUGAGGCUGCCUAUAGUAGGGAAGCAGCCUGGUGCAGGUAUGUUAAAUGAAUUGAUAAGGGGGUAACUCUCAAGGUAGUUCUGAAAAGUGACAAAAGCAGGAAAAAAAAAGAAGAUACAUAAAAAUAUUAUUUAGGCAGAUGCCCAAAAGUUAUAGCUUCUUAAAAUGUCCAGUCUUUAAGGUAGUAUAAUGUACGCUGUGAAGCUUCUACCUCAUUAAAACAUUCAGAAAAGAAGGUGAGGAGAGAGCAAGUUUCUUGAGUAUUAAUGGCUGUGCUAUUAAUUCUACGCUCAGGAAAGAAAGUGGAAAUUGUAACGGUUUGUGGGGAAAAAAAGAACAAAACAUAUUACAUGCACUCCCUGUGUUAAUUCCUUCUGCCAAAAUACUAAUUGCUAGUGUUUAUUUAAUAAUACCUACACGGGUUUUCUAAAUGGUCUUCUAAGAUUCUGUAAUAAAUGCCUUAACAGAACAGUAAAUUUAGCAAAAUAUUAAUUAAUCAGUAAUAGAUUUCUAUCAAGCAAAUAGUUGUAGACUUUGGAAGAGCAAAGGUUCUUUGUGCUUUUUUUGUACCUGUACUACAUGUGGAAGCCUCCGGAGACAAAAGAGCUACAAAAUACAGGCUGAAGAAGAGAGGAGAUGUUUGAGCUGUGAGGUAUGGAUCUGGAAAAGGCAAGCUACCCAGUCAUGGUUAUGGAGUGUUUAGAGCAGAGAAAUAAAAUGUGGGGAACACCACUAUUACCCCAGUGCUUAUGCAGUGCUAAAGGCACUAUCUGAGUGCCUGAACCCUCUGUUACUUUAAGUCUGGAAACUGAAUCUUGAGCUGCUUUAAAACCAUGUCUCUUUAAUAGGCUCCUGGUGCAGUGCUUCCCUCUGAUACCUCUGAUAAUAUUGUAUCUCUUUUUUUCCCCCUUAAUGCAGUCCUUUCUAUUUUAGUGCAAACAAUAGACCCUUCAUUAUAUUAAGGACUGCAGUGUUUAUUUUUAAUUUUGAGACUGUGUGCUGAUAUUUACAUAGGAAAGGGUAUUUAUUCAAUGUUAUAGUGCUGCUGAUUUAAUAGAAGCAUAAAAAUAUCUUCUCCUUUUUUCAAUACUAAUUAUAGAUUGCUAUUUAAUCUAGUCAUUGUAAGUGCACAGUGCACUUAUGUACAUAGUGCAUAGACUGCAAAAAUAGAUGGAUCUGCUGGGCUAAUGCAGCAAAAGACAUAUUGUUCUUUCUCAGUAGGCAACUAUAAGAAUUUAAUCUUAUAAAUGACAAAGCAAUAUGAGUAGAAAUCUAAAAUAAGCUAGUUGAAGUCUUAAGAAGUAUACGGUCAAAAUUAUUUUACUUGUUUGUAAUUUUUUUGUGUCUACAUACAAAUAACCAUAGAGAUCAAGGCAGACCCCAUUGAUUUUUCUUGGAGGAGGAAGGUAACUAGAAUUUCUAAAGGUGAAAAAAAAAUCAGCACUCAUUCAUUCAUGAGAGAAAUCUGUAUUCAGUAUUUUCCCACAAAUGAAAAAGUCAGAGAAAUAAAUAAAACAUUAUUCAUUUUUCACAUAGAAGAAGUAGAGAGUUUGCCCUGUAAGCUCCAAUGCUCAGAAACAAAUUAUAAAUAAGAGUAACCUUGGUAUAUGGGGUUAGAAAUAACAGACAAGGACUUACCUACUGCCUCUGUCUUGAGAAUGUGCAGAGAGAACAGAACAAGGAACAGCAAUUCCAUUAUCUAUUUUAAAUAGGCUCAGUGUUGAAACCAGAAUUGAUUAGACUUCUUAGUAUGUGAUCAUAUUUCUGCUCUCAGUUUUAUACUGGAGUAAGUAGUCCUGGACAGACCUGAAAGCCAUAGCCAGGAAGGUGAACUCCUCCCCCUUGUAAUUUCCCCAGAUUUACUCUACUCAUGGUCUGCCUAAAUCUAUUCAUUUCUCCAAAAUGAAUGGCAAAAGGAAUAGAGCUUUCUAGCACUAAUCAAGCAAGUAUCCUGCAGUGAAUAGCUAAGACUUUGCAACCUAUGCACAUCUAGUAACCUAUUACUGAAAUGUUACAUUUUUAUUUACUGGUAGCUUUUUCUCCGACAGCCCACGUGACUUUCAGAGUCAUUGGGAAUGUAUGCAUUAACAUUAGUGGUCUGUUUCCAAAAAAAUCACCCCCACUCCAACAGCACACAGCAACCCUUCAAACAGCAGCCAUCAUCACCAGAAAAGCAACAAAGGAUCUGCACAAGCCUAUCUCCAUACUCUUCUGCAAUUUGGCUUUUUCUGAUCUCUUCACAAGUUUUUCUGGUUUUUGGAUUUCAAUGCUGUUCAUCACCAAACCUGACGACACAAUCUUUGGAUCUAAGGAUAUGCUUGCACCUUAUGCCUUAUAUACUACGUCUAUUUUAUCCACCAUCUAUAACUUGGUAAGCAUUGGCAUUGAACGCUACCUGGCUGUGGCUGAAAGUAUUAGAACAAGGUUCAGGGUUGCAAGAAGCCAUUCCAUAGCUGUAGUUUUAAUCAACUGGGUCCUUGCUUUCUUUCUGGGCUGCUUGCCAUUGAUGGGGUGGAACUGCUUGCACACAGGAAAAAAUCUCUCAGUCCUUUACAGUCCGUUUUGUGUUGACUACCUCAUCUUCAUCACCACUCCCAAUGUUGUGGCAGCUUUUAUUGUUCCUCUGUUCACCUACCUUAGAAUCAUUAUGAUCCUGAGGAAAAGAAAACUGAGAAUGAAAGCAUGUGGACAAGCUAUCGGUACCUACAAAUCAGCUGAAAUCCAGGUUGCCAGAACUAGCAUUUUUAUAUGGCUCCUAGCAUUGGUGUCCUAUGCUCCUCUUUUUGCAGGAGUCAUCUUUGAUGCAAUAAACCACCAGUGCCCCCUCGAUCUCUACCCAAGCGUCUACAUCUUCCGAAAUUGCACAGCUAUGCUGAUAACCAUGAACUGUUUGGGAAAUCCCAUAAUAUAUACACUGAAAGCUAAAACCCUAGGGGCUAAACUGAAGUCUCUGAAAUGCCUUUCUGGCAAACGUCUCCAAGCCUGCACCAUCGCGAACAUCUAACCGCGGCCGCCCCUGCGCACCGGACUCUGCUCUGCUUCCAGAGCAGCGGGAGCGCCCUGAAGCGAUGCCCGAACCCUCCGCCGGCUGCGGCGCUUCAGCACCCGCGGGGGGACAGCUCCGGGCCGGCUGCGGGCGGAGCGCCGUGCGGGGCUCCUCGGGGUGCGCGCGGGGCUGUGCUGGUGUUGGGGUGGAGGAUGGAGAGCGUCCUGGUUGGGAACGAAUUGCACUCCAUCAGCUGUGUUUGCUUCGCGUUCGGAAAUUCGCUUCUGACGUGCUUUCUUUGCUGCUCAGAUUCAUGGUCUUUUCCUAUCGUUUUGCGAGUUGUUUUUUUUAGUGGGUUUGGGGUUUUUCUAGGUGGGUUUUUUUUUGUUUUUUUUUUUUUGUUUUGUUUUUUGUUUUGGGAGGUGGAUAAGUGGCUGGGAAAUGUUCAGUUUGUGUAGGGGAAAAUGGAACGUUGCUUUCUCAUUUGCAUCAUGCAGCUUUGUAUCUUUUAGUAUUUGAUGGAUGAGUUACUGGGGCAUUCAGUGCUGUUUCUGUUGUCAGUGUAACUGCAGUGUGUAGCUUUGUGUUUCUAUGGGAGCUUUGUGGCCACCCGUUCCGUGUCCCUGCUUGUGAACAGCAGCACGCCCGUGUACUGUGGCUGUUAACAUUUGAUUCAAUUUAGGAGAAAAUCUCAUUGGAGGUUUCAUUAUCAGAAUUGUAGUCAUGGUACAAAGCAAAAUGUAAUAAAAAUCUCAAGACCA